CAUUACGCAAGAGCGAAGGGGAGGAGGGGGCGGAGAAGGAGGGAUUCGGGAUCAGCAGUCUCGGCGAUUUCUAGGGAGUCCAGAUGGGUGGCUGAUAUCCGAGGGAGACGGCGGCUGCGACCCAGUGAUGUCCCUGUAAUAAUGCCACCUCUUGCGGCGUUGAGAUUCUGCCUUCUGUGCUUGUUCGGCUGCAGUGUACGAGGAGGCUACAGCAAAGCGCUAAACGUGCAGGAUGUGUCUAUAAAAGUGCAAGUUUUUGAUAAUGGUGACCUCUCUCCUCUGGCGGAGGCUGCAGUGGGCGUCUACGUGAACCAGUCCUGGUUGGCAGCAGGAACCACGGAUAAGGAUGGAGUAGCACUGAUCACUUUUAAGUACCACCUGGGAACACGGUUGGUUGUCAGUGCUGCAAAAUAUGGCUUUGUGACAAACUCUGCUCCCUGGCAUGUCAACAAAACACCAUUGUUUACGUCGGUGUGCCUAUAUCUCCUCCCGGAGCGGCCAGCUACCCUAAUGCUGUUUGACGAUGUCGUGCAAAUCCUAUUGGGAUCACCUGGUGCCAAGAGUCAACCAUGUGUCCAGUUCCAAAGGAAGAAUGUUAGGCUUCCAGAAAACACUUCGUACAGUGAUCUGUCUGCCUUUUUAACAACAACCACCGAUGAAGUGGAAAGAUUCCCCUAUCUCUUGGGCUAUGAAACUGAUAAAACAGUCAACCGCUCCAGGAUUGAACUGACUCCUGUGGCUGCCAUCAGCAUUCACCUGUUCACCAGCAAUGGCUCUAACGUCAAAGUCUCAGGCCCCAUUCAGGUGUCUAUCCCUCUGCCCACCGACAGCCUUGUGACAACUGUGAGGGAAAUCCCUGCCUGGAGGUUUGACAAGAAGAUCGGGGCUUGGGUCAGUAGUGGAACGGGAAUGAUCAAGAGAGAUGGGAGCCAACUCACCUGGUCGUACCUCGCUCCCCAGCUGGGCUACUGGGUAGCAGCAAUGCUUCCUUUAACCCAAGCUGCAGUCAGUCCAUCAAGGUUCGGAGACAUCACCACCUACCACACCAUAUUCUUGCUCACCAUUCUUGGGGCUCUGGCUCUCUUGGUCCUAGUUCUGGUGUGUUUGCUUCUCUAUUACUGCAGGAGAAGAUGCCUAAAGCCACGGCAACAGCACAGGAAGUUGCAGAUUGCUUCCACUUUGGACAGCUCCAAGAAGGACCAAGCCACCUCCAUGUCUCAUAUCAAUUUGAUCAGUACCAGCCAUUUGGAGUCAGUGUCCUCCAAUGGAGAUAUGGAUGUUCACACACCUAUCUUGAAGUCUGCCUUUAGUACAUCUCGAGAGUUUGAGAGCUCUCGAGAAGAGUUCUUCAAACAGAUCCCAUAUAGGGAUCCAGGUCCAAAAAUGAGGCAUAUCAACAAAGCAUCCACUGAUACAUUAGCCCAUCGAGGAAAUUCCAAGGAAGAUUACCACAGGACAGUGGAGAGCUUUCCGUUGAAAGCUGCAAGGUCUAUGGAUGCCUCAGGAGAGCUGGAGCCUCCUUUAGCGGAUGACUACAGACACAGCUAUAGUUCAAUGGUUUCCCAACAGCCAUCUGACGAAAAGGGGAGAGAAGUUCAAGCCCGCCGCAUUUUGGCUGAAAGUAAACUUUGUACCAAUGAUCCACCCUCUCCUCCCCCACUGCCACCACCCUUUGAAUCUCUCGUUGGUCACAAAAUGGAUAAUAAGCCUUCGGAAUACAUGAUGUCUCAGUCUGUUGAUCAUCUGGCCAGGCCCACAACAUUGUCCCAGCCAGGCCAACUAAUCUUCUGUGGUUCUAUUGAUCACAUGAAAGACAACAUGUACAGGAAUGUAAUGCCUACUUUAGUCAUUCCUGCCCAUUAUGUGGGAUUAACUUCUGAUUAUCCCUGUAUGGACCAGUCAGCAAGCGGCCCAACAGAACAGCUAGAGAUGAAGGGAGUUCAGAUGGGAGUCCCCAUGUCCCACCAGCCUGUACCCCAGCAGUAUCAACACCAACAAGUUCAACAAUCAACCCCUCAGUCGGACGAUGGAGAAGACAAAGCAUGGGGCCCCCACUCUUCUUCCAUGAGUGGACCAAUGGCAGUAUUACUGAAUGAAUCAGCAAUGGCACAGAUGAAUGGAGAAUUGCAAGCACUGACUGAAAAGAAGUUCUUGGAGCUUGGGGUAAAGCCUCAACAUCCCAGGGCCUGGUUUGUAUCAUUAGACGGACGAUCCAAUGCUCACGUUCGACAUUCCUACAUUGACCUGCAGACCGGGGAGAGGAUUGGGAGCAACGACGCCAGCUUAGAUUCUGGUGUAGAUGUAAACGAGGCAAAGCCUAGUAAAAAGCUGAAGGAGGAGCGCGACAGGCACGGACCAGCCAACGUAGCCUACAGCAAACUGGUUUAUGUGGAUGACAAUGAGCAAAGCAGCAGUGAAUGCAGAACAGCAGUCUGUUCCCCAGAGGACAAUUCGCUCACUCCUCUACUUGAAGAGAAUUCCGAGCACAGGGAAGCUAUCCAUCAACAAGAGCACAGCAGAGGGAACAGCAUGAGAAGCAGUACCAGUGAAACUCGCAGGGAUUCCACCACCAGCCCUGAGGAGGAGAUGCAAGAUCAGUCUGAAGGGGCAGAUGACCAAGGUGAGAACAAAAAGAGCCCCUGGCAGAAAAGAGAGGAGCGGCCACUGAUGGUGUUUAACCUGAAAUGAACAGUGGACUUAACUUUUCCAAGACCUCGAAUCGGACCUUCACAAGUAUUUUGAAAAUGCAUCAGCAUCCCAUGAAAAAAUCUGAGCACAAACUUAAGGAAAUCAAUGAAGUCUAAAGCAACAAGCCCAACAGGCUUUUUGUAGUCCCUGUCUGACGAAGCAGCAAACUAGUACUCCCAGAAUUUGUGCAACUUUAUAUUGCUGAAACAAUGGUUAAGAAAGCAGAAAGAAUACCAGUGAUAAAACUGCACAUCUUCUGUAAAGGCAGUGAGGACAUGUGUUCAUGUUCUCUUUAGAAUGUCUUACUGAGUUUUUGUAAAAAAUGUCAUUGUGGUACUAACCCACACAAUAAACUCAUUGAAUGUUGUUUUUCCUGAGGAAGAUGAAAAGACUAUUUAAAUAUUCAAUCCUUUUUGUUACUUUAAUUGGAACAACCCUACCAAAUGAAGCAUUUUCAUGCUUGCUGAUCAGUAGUUUUACAUGUCAUGACUUUUUUGAAUAGAAGCCUUUUUGGAAGGUAGAUUUUCUUUUCCUUUUUUGUGUGCUGUACUUUCCUUAACUUGACCCAAAACCAACACCAGUAGCAGACCAUUUAGAUCUGGUUCAGAACUCUCCAAGUGCCUUCUUUAUGUAUAAGUUGAGCAAAAAAGGAGGGAAAGCAACACUUUGGCUAUGCUGACUUAAAAUUGGAGAGCAAUGAUGUGGAGCCUAAAGUUAGGAAGUCAGAGCUUUUUCUUAUUUUAUUAUGUUCAAUAUGUGCAGAAACAGCUAAAGAAAAAUAUCCCUGUUACCACUGUGAAUUUUCCUGGACUGUAGUCCAUAUGCGAGAUAGGUGAAGCUGUCCUGCAUGCAACUUAUUUACAACCUAUUCUGUACUCAGAGGUGCAUCAGAAAUUAUUGUUUAAUUAAUAUAUAUAUUGAAAAAUGACUAUUAGGCUGCAGCCUUUUUAGAUUACCAGGCUCACUAGUGACAUGUUUGAUUUUUUUUGUGUAGAUGAACUAAUUUUAAUUACAGCUGGAAGUUUGCUGCAAUCCUAGCCAAGUACCCACUGAGCACAAAAUUGGUGUGGCUGAAUAGCUGGGUGUGGAAUGCAUGAGAUUUGUUGAAAAAUAUUGGGCUGAAUUCCCAGUCCUUUGUCUGAAGAUCAGGAUGUGGGGUGGCGAUAGGGAUCAGUGCCCUAAAAAUGGUGGCCCUUCACAACUGCCCUGAUGGCAUGGCACUUGGAUAUUGAAACCCAUGGAGAGAGGGGAAAUCCCAAACCUACUUCAUACGAAAUUCGGGAGGCUAUAAUGCUACAGGAACAGUAUCGGGCUUUUUUCUGUACAUGGCUAGCUGGAGCAUGUUGUUAAGGGCUAGUAAGAGUUUUGAUGAGAGUGACCUUCCAUCAGAUUGGCCAGGACCUUUGCUACCUUCCAUCAACACCCUUCCAAAGUAGCUGGAUCACCCUUUGGUCUAGGACACCGUGGGGGGAUCCAAGUUCAAGAUGCAACUUGCUGUCCCAAUGCAGAUGUGACCUGGUCCUCAAAAUGGCUUGGGUCUCUCUCCACUGGUCAACACAGCUGUUGUAAGUAGAAAACGUGCUCUUCCAUUGUAUUCUCAAUUUAAAGACUUCAUAAAAUGUUUUAACAUUAUUAUGAAAUCCACGUGAAGUAAGUGGUAAGAGACACUUUUACUCCCUUUAGUUUAAUAUUUAAGACUGGUAUGUACUUCUAAAAGUGACUCUGAUUUCUGGUAAAAACAUGAAGUAUUUAAUUUGGGUUGUCCAAAAGUAUAUAUUCCUUUUUCUGUUUAGGUGUUGCUGGCAAAGUCAGCAUUUAAUGCCUAUUCCUAAUUGUUCUUAAAAAGGUAACAGAUCUCCUUUUUGAGCCAUUGCUGUCCAUGUUGAAGAUAUUCCCACUUUGGUUUUGAUUGAUUCCCAUGAAAUUUAUCCCAAAAUAAUGAAGGAUCAGCAAUAUAGUUCGGUCAGGAUUCUGUAUGAGUAGAACUGUGUGAGUACUGCACAGUACAGUCACUUCUGCCCACAAUGUUGUACUGAUCCUUUAACCUGCUCUUAGACCUUUCCCUCCUACAUAACCCUCCAUUUCUCUGUCAUCCACAUGCUUUUCCAUGUGGAGGUGAACUUGGUGAUGGUCCCAUGUGAUACAGGGUGUGGGAGGGGCUAGUGCUGUCAGAAAAGACUUGGUGGACCACUGCAGUGUGUUUAGUCCACCAGUUGAAGAGGAGGUAAAUGCUAAAGAUGGUGGAUGGGGUGUGUAUUGGCCUGGAUAGAGUCAAACUUUGUGAAUAUUUUUGAGUCUGCACCAGUAUUCCAUUAUGUGCUGAUCUUGUCCCAUGUCUAAGGAAGGAAACCUUUGAUGGGUGCACAUUGAAGGAUAUUGAGGCUUUAAUUUGCUGGCAAAUUAAGUUCAAUUUACCUUUUAGUUAAUGUGGCUCUUCAGAAGAUUAUUGAAACAGAUGCAAGGGAAGACAUUGAACAUAAAUACCAUUUGAAUCAAAGAGGCCUUAUAGAAGCCUAAAGUUAUGAAAGGGAUAGAUAAGAUAGAAGUAGGAAAGUUGUUUCCAUUGGUAGGUGAGACUAGAACUAGGGGACCUAGCCUCAAGAUUCAGGGGAAUAGAUUUAAGGGUGGAGAUGAGGAACUGCUUUUCCCAGAGAGUGGUGAAUCUGUGGAAUUCUCUGCCUAAUGAAGCAGUGGCUACAUCAGUAAAUAUAUUUAAGACAAGAUUGGAUAGAUUUUUGCAUAGUAGGGGAAUUAAAGGCUGUAGGGAAAAGGCAGGUGGAGGUGAGUCCAUCAGCUACGAUCUUAUUGAAUGGUGGAGCAGGCCCAAUGAGCCAGACGGCCUACUCCUGCUCCUAUUUCUGAUGUUCUUAUGAAUGAGCUGGUGAAGCUGGUUGGGUAUAGAGAAGUCAAUGAAGUCAUAUAGUAGAGAAACAGGUCUUUCAGCCCAUCUAGUCAAUUCUGAAACUAAUUAAACUUCGUAUUCCAAUUUAGCUGCACUGGGACCAUAGAUUUCCAUACCUCGACCAGCUAUGUACCUAUCCCUUAACCCAUGGCCUCUGGUUGUAGUCCUACACAGCCUCAGUGGAAAAAGCCUGCUUACGUUUACCUUGUCUAUAUCUCUUGUAGUGUGGCACCCUAAGGAACUCCUGCAGUCAUGUCAGAAUCUCAGCCAAGACUCUUUGAUAGUCACAUGCAGCCUUGAUAUCACGUCUGAAAUGGAGUUCUUAUAUCCAUGUUUGUACCUGUGUGUGGUCCUGGGAAGCAGGGUACAUCGGUGAGCCGAUACUGCUUGAUUGUACCGUCCAUCAUAUCCUCCAUCACGUCACUAGCUAUUGCAAUUAGACUGAUGGAGUGAUAAGUGGUGCAAAUUAUAUGUGUUCUACCUUUUAUGAACAGGCAUAACUUGGCAUAUUUCUAUGUUGUUGGGGAGAUUCCAGUCUUAAAUGUAUUAGAAGAGUUUGACUGGAGACAAAUUUUUUACUGAGAUUUUCAACAGAGCAACUACAAUGUAGGCUCUGAUUUCUCUUGUAUCCAUCUGUCAAUAGCUUCUUGACAACAUGUUGAGUGAAUGAAAUUCCCUGAAUUCCCUUAUGGUUGGCUCUGUUCUGAUGAGGACCUAAGGAUGUGUCAUUUAUCGGCAGUUCUGACUGAAAGUGGCUGCAGCUUCUUCAUCCUUAUCUUUACCCCUUACUGUAGGGCUGUCACAUCAUUGAGAGUGGGAUAUUUAAUGACAUUUCUCUUCCGUUCAACUGUUCUCCAUCAUUCUCGAGUUUUGAUCUGAUCCGUGGUUGUGUGAUCACCUAACUGUACAGCAUGCUCCCUUUAUGAUUUAGCUUGUGCGGGAUCCUGUGUUGGAACUCUAUUUAGGAAUAGUUGUAAGCUGCAGGAAAUAGUUUUGACAUUUUUUUUGUGUUUUUUUAAUGAAUCAAGUAUCAUCCUGAUAGGUAACUGGAUACAGUCUACUAACAUUUUCAUCUGGUAGACUUGUGUUCAAAACCCUGCCAUGCCAAUGGGAAUAAAAAUAUCUCUUUUGCCAUCUGAAUGAAUGCAGAGCUCAUAACUGCAACUUGCAGAGCAAACUUCAAUAAUGCUCAAGUCAAAGAGCACAUGGAAGGGGUAUGUGGGGAAUUGAAUUUGCCAAUUUAACUUCAAUAUAAACUUUAGUCCAUACCAGAGCUGGUGGAGGUAGUGUUGUAAAAAUUAAUGGUCACCCAGUAUUGAUAUCCAUUAAAUUGAAAAAUAAAUAUCAGAAAAUUAUUUGAUUGGCAAUGUGUGUAAUGUGAAAUGGAAUUGAACAUGAGUUUACAACACUUCUUGAGAAAGAUGCAAGUGAUUUUCAGAUUAUUAUCUACUCGUUAGUUUAUUUCUAGUUAAAGCUUUAAAUCCUUCAAUGAGAACGACUUUUUUAAACACACUCACAUUACCAAGUUGGAGUAGGCAUCCAAUCCAUACCCAGUUUUCACUGACUUAAUGCAUUCUAAUAGAUUGUUGAGGUUAGAAAAACAAUCUAUAAGUGUCAUGUUCCCAAUUUGAUUGAUUCAAAAUAAACGGAGCCUCCUUCUUUAAAGUAUAAAAAUACAGAACUGAAAUAUUGAAUUUGAUUAUUCAGCAAGUAUUUAAAUACCCAUUCCCGAUAUCUGAAGUGAGCACUUCUCUGGGGAAAAACAAAUAAAAACAAAAAUAAAUUUGACUUACUUUUCAUUUUGUAUCCACCAGAUUUUGAACUGGUGCCCAACCACCUCUGCUGCUUCUGUUGAUAUGGUAAAAUCCUGACAGAAGUAGAAAACAGUAGCUUGUCUCCUAUGGUUGUGAUAAUCCUAUGCUUCAUAAUAAUAGUUUCUCUUUUGCAUCCUGAAGCCAUGGGGUCUAGUGCAGGGGUGUGAAUCAGAGGCAGCAUUGUAGGUCAAACUAAAUUAGGAAAAGUGGCUUCAAAUGUUAAAACAGUUCGAUUUGAUAGAGACAUGAUGAGCGAGUAGUAGUUAAGACUAGUCUAUUUAUAUAUUUCAUAUUUCUAUCCAGUAGAUUUACACAUAAGCAGAUAUUUUAUUACAUUGGCCAUUGUAUCUCCGCAGUGAAAAUCUAUUCCCAGCUCUUGAGAUGUUUCAAUUGAAUGGAAGUUUCUAAUAUUCUCUUGAAAAUAUUUUUUUCAGACUGAACUUAUGAUCGUAAGCAAUAUUUGUUCAUGAUUGAAAUGCUGACCAGUGGCAAGGCUGUCCGCCUCUUUGCAAAGCAGCGCCCAUACCACACAGACCCAGAAGGCAGGAAUAUUGCUUGUGGAAUCAGAACAUUGAUUUUCCAGUCCUGGUUCAAACCUGUGUACCUCCAGCUGUAGUGGAAUAUUGCAAACUCACUCCCUAAUAAACUACAGUGCCAGAAGUAUUUUAAGGAAUGUAUAUUUUUAACCUGAUUUUCUCUUUAAAAACAGUAAUUCAACAUCUACCUUUCCUGUUAUUGCACAUAUUAAACAAUGUAAUUUUAGGCUCAAGACAAGAACUACUUUUUAAGGGUUUUUGGUAUUGUAAUUGUGAAUGCUUUUUUUUCUAACCUAAUAGACAUUGUGCCAUUAGUUCACAUCUCCACUGGAGAGUUCAUGUCAUUGAGUUUCAAUAUUAUGCCACAACUAAGAUAAGAUGAAUGAUCUGGGACUGUUUUUACUGAAUAUGUUGUAUGUGUGGCUACAUUUUAAACUGAUUAUUAGUGCUAGUAACUUGGUGUCUCUUAUUUGACUCUAGGCCACAUUUUUUUAAAAUGAUGUGGUCUUGAAUAGAGAUGUGUGCUUGCUUCCAGUUUGCUCUGAUAUUUUCAAAGAAAAACAUGGUCAAAAUUCUGUGCAAUCUUUUUUGCUUGUUCCUAAAGUAAAAUUGUUAAAAUAAAGCUUAUUAAAAACUU